AACUGACAGUUGAAGUUUAUGGAAAACCAAACUCAUUAAAUAGUGUAAAGACAGAGGAGACAGCACCCAAGGCAGCAGCAGAGGCCCAGCCUACCCUGGCUGAAACAGCAUGACUUCUGUGCCGGACCAUAGGCUGCCAUUGAUGAGCAGGCGGUCUGGGCUGAGCCUAAGCCCAGGGUACCAGAUAUUUCCUCUGCAGCUGCACAGGCCGGCAGGCAGCCUGUGAUGGGGGCCUGCUCAGGAGACCCCCACCUCUGCUGGGCCUCCAGGCUCCUGGGAUUCACCAGCCUCCUCCUCAGCAUCUGCAGCACUGGGGUCAAGAGUUCUGGAGCACAUGAUUCUGGAGUUCAGGAUUCUGGAGCUCACAUUCCUCUGCAUGGGAUCCGAGGAGGUUCUGUGUUGUUUCAUGUGCCAAAGAAGCAAGAAGCUGAGCCGGAGGAGGUCACAUGGGGCUUUGGCCCAGAGUCAAACUACAGAGUCCUGCUGAAAGUCCGUGCUGGGGGAGAUGCUCCAACCUGGGUCAGCCUCCAGGACAAGUACCAGCAGAGGGUCCAUGUGCUCAACAUGACGACCCUGAAGAUUGAGAACCUGACCUCUGAGGACAGUGGGCAGUACCGGGCUCGAGCCAGCUUCACUGGGGGACUAGAAUUUAACCAAGAUUUCCUCCUCACUGUCUAUGAGCCUGUGCCCCUGCCCCAGAUCCUGCUCAAGUCACCAUCCAUCACUCCAGGCUGGUGCAAUGUCACCCUGGAGUGCAGAGCCUCAGGGGCCACAGAGGACCUGAAGGUGACCUGGGAGAGCAAGGGCCUCCCCAGGGAGCUGGAGCAGAGAAUGACCCUGGGACCAGCCCCCAACUCCUCUACUCUGACUGUGAGCCUGCCUCUCAACCAGCCCAGUGCCAGCCUCACCUGUGUGCUCAGCAACCAGGUGGACCAGAAAACUGCCACAUUGGACCUUGGGAAACUCUGUGUCCAUGAUUCUCAUGAAGAGGCCACUGCUGUUCCGCUGCGAGCCAUAGUAUGUGGUGUCAUGGUUACGCUCUUGAUCCUCGGAGGUGGACGGUACCUUUGGAAGACACGUGGGUAUUAGUGAAUAACACCUAGAGGAAAAGGAGUCUCUUACUAGUGUCUACAGUGAGGUCCAUACCCAAGCCAUGCCAUGAAGAUAAUUUAAUUGGAGGGAGCAGAAAAAUCAACAUUCCUGGUACACUUCCACUGUGAUCCUGAUCACUGCAGACACCUGCCUCUUCCAGCCCUGCUCCAGCUCCAGAUGCCCUUGGUCUGAAUCACCUUGACCCUCAUGGCCACAGCUCCCUGGGCAUUCAGGGUCCUAUCACUUCCUCUUCAAACUGCCCUCCGUCUCAGGAUCCUCAGCCCUGCGGGACAAGAAUUCUUCCUGUCAUUGACUCUGCUUCAGACCCCUAUCCUCCUGAAGCUUUUUGAAGAGGACACUCCUGACUGUGCAUAUGUUAGUUCCCACAGCCUCUGCUCUGUGGCUGGAAUGUGUCUUUCUGAGAACACAAGAUCAGAAAGGGAACUGUGUGGAAGUGUUGACCACACCAUAGAGAAUAGUUUGAAUUGGUGCUGGAUGCUGAGUUGGGAGUCCAUGGAAGCAGCAUGGACAGAUGGGAACCCACAAAGGGACGAGCCCAAGGUUUUCUUUGCACCUUGUAGAGGGUAAAGGAUGUGUGUUGGGCUCUGUGUGUGUGUGCACGUGUGUAUAUUGGGAAGAGUGUCUAAUGUACAUUAUGCAUCUCCUUUCCUGGCCACCUGUUCUCACUUGGACCCUACUCCUUGUUUGACAUCUUCAUUUGAAUGCCUGACAUCUAAAUUUGAACUCCCUUAACAUGCUUCCCAUAUACAGUCUUUCCAUUUAAUAAAUGUUACCUCUAUCCUUCUUCUA